UAUGAAUAAGAUAAUUAAAUUUAUUCAUGCUGAAUUUAGCUGGAUUGAUGAAUGAUAUUUCUGAUCUCCAUCUCACUACAUUGAAAUCACCACCUAAGAGCCAGUUGGAACAACAAGAAAGGGAUAAGUUGUUAAGUUCCUCUCGUAAGUAUCUCUUUAUUUUUUCUAUUGACAGCCCAUAAACAGCAGUGAGCCACCAACUAUAACCAUCAUGCUCAAUGAUGUUUGUUGAAAUAAAGAAAGAUCUUUCUAUAAAGUUGACCACAUUAUGUUUUAAAUCAUCCUACAUUAAUAGAACACCACCAGAUCUUCCUUCAGCUUUUUUAAAAAGCCAUUUAAUGCUAAUAGAACUUCAUAAAGAUUUGAUAAUUCUAUUGCACAUAGUAAGCAAUUUAGUUUCAGAAAGAUAAACAAAAUUAGAAGAGUAGCUAGAAAUUUCUUUUUUUAUUUGAGUUAUUUUAAUGGGAAUAGUUAAUCCCACUUACAUUCCAGGAAAGUAUUUUCAUGGGGAACUAUUGGAUCCUGAGGGCUCGUAGCCAAUUUCAACAUUGUUAUAACUUUCCAUCUUGAUCUUGGAGAUGCUAGCAUUGUUGUCAAAAGCAGGAGCAAGUUUGAGAUUGUUGUCUUUGAACCAAGAGAUGAGUUAUUUUUUGAAAAGAUCUUCAUUGAUAUCUUUAUUGCCAAUCCAUCUAUCAGAUUGCUUUUCUUCUUCACUGUCCACCAAAGUGACCAAACUGUCUCUGAUGAUCUCAAACUGAGUUAGGGAGAUUUUUAUUAGUGUCAUCAAAGGGAGAGCCAGGACUUGAAAUGUGUUCAACGUCCAUUUCAUCAGCUAAGGGUGAUAUGUUUACCAACUCCACUAUAAGAUUUAUGGCCUUCUCUUUUCUUCCUGGUGAGUCUUUAAUAGGCUUAGGAUUGAGCUCAAUGGCUUUGGUGCUAUUGAUUUGGACUCUAUAAACCACUCUUGGACUCUUCUUCUUCUGCAUGAAUUUGUUUUUUGGUGGGCUGAUUUUUAAUGGUUUGAGAGGUCCUGUCAAGGCAUGAUGGGCUUUCUCUGUAUGUUGAGCUUUCAAUUCGAAGAGGUUUGGCAAUGACAUUCUCUUGGUUAUAGAAAAAACUUUUAUUCUUGGGGGAGAGGAAACUCACUUUUCUUCUAAGAUUUGUGGUUUGUUGAGGCCAACCCGGUUGAUCAGAAUAGACCACAAUACCCUUUUCUUUGUCCAUUUUCCCUGAUAUGAUUGAUUUGAACCUGCCAUCAUUGCCCAUACCUCCAUCAAAAUUUAGAAAUUAUUAUGGCCUUGGACUUUGAGUCAGAACAAUUUGAAUUUGUCAUUCGUUUGUCACUAUUCUGGUCAUGCUUUGAUGGCUUCCUUUGUUUUCUGUUCUUCUUCUCCGUGAGAUAGCAACAAAUCUAAUAAAGGAGUAAUUUUCAACUUCAAAAUCAAACUCAUCAAAUUCUGACGAAGCUUGCCUAGUGAAAGAGCCAUGGAUGUUUGCAUUUCUCUCUUUAAACAAUCUUCCUUUAGUGUAGGAGUUUGUAUGAACUGUAAGGAUGUUACCUUUAUCAUCUGUGAUGUUGAUCUGAGCUGGAAUGAAGCUCGUAUAGUUGUGUCUAACCUUAAGACGAGCUUUAAUUAAGUCAGUUUUUUCCCAUUGUUAAUUUAAAGACUUCAACUAAUCCUCCACAAGCAUCUCCUAUCUGUUUAAAGGAGUGCAUAUUUCAGGUAGCUAAGGGGAGACCUCUGAAACUAGUCCAUCCUCCAUAGUUAGGAACUAAUUUGGGGUAGGCAUAAAGAUGAUGGCUUUUUCAGCAUGGAAGGGCUGUUACGUGAACUUGGAUUCAAUUUGCUUGGACAUCUUCUCAAAAAUUCUAUCCCAAUCAUCGUGCAUGUACCUUUUAGUGAUUAUCAUCGUGUUUUCCCAAUCAAUAUGUGCUUCUUCAUAGAGUCCAAUUCUUGAUAUUUUCACUAUUAGUAGAGCUAUCAUCACUUGAGCUUUCUAAAGAUUGAAUUUUUGCAUACGAUCUCUUUUUUGUAUUUUUGCCAUCAGUGUAGGAAUCACAAGAAGAGGUGUUGGUGUGAGCUUCUCUACAAGUUUGGCCUUAGAAAGGUAUUUUUCUGCUUCAUCCUUGUAGUUAAGCAUAUUGAAAAAAAUUAUCCAACUCGUUAGCUCUACACUCUCUGGGACCAGUAAACACCCCUUUCUGCCUUUAUCAUCCACCUCAAAGAUCUCAACAAGGUGUUCUUUCUUGUUUUGAGUUUUGCUCAGCCAUAGGCAUUGUCCAUUUCCUCGGUUUUCCAUAAAAACUUAUUGUUUCUUAGAGUGUUGAACAGAGCAUUGACUGCUUUUUUCAACCAUGAGAGCUCAUCCGGGGUUAUGACUAUAAUAUAGGUUUUGUGGGCACUAUAUUCGGUGAUCAGGAAUCUUGUACUUGCCUUCUUGUUCAGCUCGAGUAAAAACUCUUUUUUUUUUUUCAACUUGACAGUAUCUAGGGAAGAUUUUGGAAAGCGAAGAUGAACUUUCAGAAAAAAGUUUGUAAAAUUUGAUAAAAAAAAGUGUUGAAUGGUAAAACCAAAGAUAAAAUAAAACCAAACUUAAAUUAAAUAAAGUUAUAAAAAAUCAAAUAAUAAUAAAAAUCUAAAAUGAGCCAAACUUAAUUACCAUAUGGGUUUAAGGUACACAAUUCCCCACACAUAUCAAAACUCUAAGGUCAAAAUUUUUGAAAUGUACAAUUCAAAUAACCUAAGGGUUAAAAUGGUACAUUUCUAAAAGCCUCAUAUUUUAGAGAGAGAGAUCCGAGUACUUAAGCAAGACGGCGUUUGCAGGCCAUCUUCCAAAUUCCAACUCCAUUAUUGCAAAUCUAAUAAUAACUUCUCUACCCUCUCUUUCUUUCACUUUUGCCCUAAACCCGAAAAAGGGAAAAAAGAAAAAAAAAAAAAACUUUGGAGCUAGUCCAUUUUAUUAGUGAUAUUUAUAUUAAUGGCGAAAUUGGAGGUGGAAAAACAAUAUUAAGUGGGUAGGAAUUAUGACGGAGUUGUUCUAUUUAGAUCGGAAGCAAGAAGAUGAUCCAGAAAAUCAAAGAACAAGAUCAGAACAGCAGUUGUUUUUGUAUAAUGGUAGAUCAAAUAAUCCACAACAGAUCUACUCCAAAGAAUUCCAGAUAUGGCCGCAGUACUAUUCUCACAACCAUCAUCUUCCAAACCAAAAUGUUGAGAAUUACAUUUCCUUUGGUGUGGGGCCUAGUAGAAGAUCCAGCUUGAUGAUCAAUGCCUUUGAUCAUGACUUUGUUUCGAGAUCAGGGUUUACGAUGACGAGACAUAGUGGCGGAGGAGGUGGCGGUGGGAUGAAUUGUCAAGAUUGUGGGAAUCAAGCUAAGAAGGAUUGUUCCCAUUUGAGAUGUAGGACUUGUUGUAAGAGUCGAGGGUUUCAUUGUCAAACUCAUGUCAAAAGUACUUGGGUUCCAGCUGCAAAACGUCGUGAACGACAACAACAACGUCAUCAACAAUUACGAGCGGAUCAAUCUUCAGAUCAGACUGUUCCCAAAAUUCAUAGAGCAAAUCAACCGUCUCUCACUCCUACUAUCACUUCAGGGUUAGAACUUGGAAACUUUCAAGGUGAAUUCAAUUCGUCAGCUGUUUUUCGAUGCGUCAAAGUUAGCGCGAUUGACAAUGUAGAAGAACAAUUAGCAUAUCAAACAGCAGUGAACAUUGGUGGACAUAUGUUCAAAGGAAUUCUUUACGACCAAGGUCCAGAAAACAACCAAAUUAAUUUGAGCUCAGGCGGUGACGGAGAAAAUGAUGGGCAAGGGCUAGAUUUGGUGAUCGGAGCAUCAAACUGCAGUGGGAGAGUGAAUAACCAAUCCACUCCAUUUGUGGAAUCUUCAUUGUAUCCCAUCCCAAUCAACUCAUUCAACAACGGUACGCAAUUUUUCCCUUCUUCUAGAACAUGAAAGAACAAAAGGGAUUCAAGUUGAAUUCAUAAAAUUAGGAAAAAACUCAAUGGUUUUAUGGUGGAUGUUUAAUUUAUGUAUUGAGUUAAGUUGAUUAUGAUGAUGAUGAUAAUUGGAUUGAAAUUUGGAGGCUAUGUAUUGCAUUAUUAUGUUUGCGUUGGUUCCCAUAUGUAUCAUAAUAAGUGAUUUAAUGUAAUGUUAAAUAAAAAGUGAAAAAGGCGAAUGUUUUGGUUGGCAA